UUAAAAUCGUUGAUUAAUUGAUGCGUUUGAAUCACCGGAAGUCGUCCUGAUCUGGAGAAGUCCCUGAAGAAUUGGACAGAUGGCGUGAACUCAGGAAAAAUUGUCCAAAAAAAAGUUCAAGAAAUAAUCGGAAAGCGUCAGAUUGUCUGAUCAACAAGACUUAACCUCGUACCACCAGAAGCUCCUGAAAAAAAAUCAUAAAAAAAGUUUUCUUCAGUCAGAUAGUGUUACCCACCCUCUUGCAAUGUCAACAGACUUCUACAUCAGGUACUACGUGGGGCACAAGGGUAAAUUUGGUCAUGAAUUCCUCGAAUUUGAGUUUCGCCCUGAUGGAAAACUUCGGUACGCCAACAACUCGAAUUACAAAAAUGACACAAUGAUCAGGAAGGAGGCUUAUGUCCACCAGUGCGUCAUGGAGGAAUUGAAGAGGAUAAUCCAGGAUUCGGAAAUAAUGCAGGAAGAUGAUGCCCUUUGGCCACAACCUGACAGAGUUGGAAGACAAGAAUUGGAAAUAGUCAUCGGUGAUGAGCACAUAUCCUUCACCACUUCCAAGACUGGAUCACUUCUCGAUGUCAAUCAGUCCAGGGAUCCUGAGGGGCUCAGAUGCUUCUAUUAUCUCGUUCAGGAUCUCAAGUGUCUUGUAUUUUCACUUAUCGGACUGCAUUUCAAGAUCAAACCCAUAUAAAAUCCACUGACUUGAUGUAACAGAUCCAUAGAUUUCUCCAUCCUUACUCUCCAGUCGUUCAUUCAAUUGUGGAUUAAUUAUUUCAAUCAUUUUUCUUGUAUCUUUUAUUUUAUGUUCAACGUAAUAAAUGCUUUUGCACCGGAA